AUGUCGCGCCUGCUCGACGACAGCGGCAAUCCUCUUCUACUGCUACCACACAGCUCCCAACCCACCUCGGCAGAGGAACAAACUCUCAUCGACAGCAAUCUCGCCUCGCCUGCGUCGCGUCCGCCUCAGCAACCGCCUUCUCCAGUCGCGUUUCGAAAACACACCGCGCCCUCUACACUCGCGUCGCACAAGAAACGAGGCUAUGAAGACGAUGUCUCCUCGCCCUCCUCCCCUUCGAAACGCUCCCGAGCCAGCGACUCCACGGCAUUCACUGAGUCAUUCAAAGCACGACUGCGGAACACAUACUCUGGAUGUACUAUUUGCGGCGUCAUCUACAACCUGCACAGUGCGCACGUCUUCGACAAAUCCGAAACAAACGAAUUUGUGGAAAGCCGUCAGUCAGGCUUAACAAGCCUAGAGACUCUUGGCGACUUUGACAAUGCCCUCAGUCUCUGUAUUUGCGAUCAUACUGCCUUUGAUGCCAAGUGCUCUCAGCUGGUCAUCGUUCCUUCUUAUAUGGAGUUCUUCCUCGACCACGAACGGCGUUGGCAUGAGCAGAUCGAGACAAAUACACCGCUGCGUCCUCGAGUGCCUGUCUUAGCAUCAUUGUAUGCGGCAUAUUGUUCCGAAAAGACAGGCGAGGCGCUGACGCAUGGACUUUACACGGCAUAUCCGGUGGUGGACUACAAGAACAAAGACAAUAUUGGCUCCCCACACCAAUUUCAUUGGCACGGUGAUCCAGGUGCAAUUCUUUGGAAAGCUAGGCUAUUACUUACGGCCAACCUCGCAGCGCUCACACGUCAACCAUGGCCAGCGCAUCUAAGAGAACUGCUGAACGUACGAAAUUUGCUCGCGGAGCUCAGGUCUCUGCAAGAUCAAGGAAACUUGGCGUGGGCCGUUGCCAGCAUGGCAUCCUCUACAUCAGCCGGACCGCCUCCGGGUCCCUCCAGCAAUAAAGGGAACGCCGAAUCAAGGCCCGCUCCACCUCAGCCUCCACCUCCGCCACCUCCACCUCCACCUGCGCCAACAUCUGGCGGUCCUGAUGCCCCGUCCCACUCUCCGUUUCAGGCCACACAAAAUCUCAAACGCAAACACGUUGGUUCCGAUUCUGGCCUGGGUGUCUUGGAACGCUCGCCAUGGAAGAUUGCAAAAGCUUCAGACAAAGAUAUGCCAAUGGCGUCACGGCAAGCCCUUCCCUUCCGUUGGGGUGGCCCAGAGGGCUCCGCUGAAGAGAAUGUGCAAUACUGGAUCGCCCUGUUCGGGAGGCGCGAGUGCGGAGAUGCGAACCCAUCAUGA